UCAAUUAUUUUAAUAUUAUAUCUCAAGCUGGUCCCCGUGUUCUAAUUUUGUGCAAUUUUGUUUUCAUUUUGUUCGAACUUCGGACUUCGGUCUUGUAUUUGUCUUUCGUCGUCUAUCAGUCACGACUCACGAUUCUGUUGCCGAAUCCCGGAGUGCAUGUCCGACUAUUGACAAAUCAUAUUUUACCCAUUGAAAUCUUUGACGGACUUAUAGAAUAGUCUGAGCAGAUACACGUCAUAUAUUCAUCUGUUCACUGGUCAACGCAAUGGCAACUACUAGCAACGAGUCAGAUUCUUCACGAAAGAACACAGACAAUAAAGAUAAUGAUAGCAAAGAUGAACAAAAUAACAUGUUUGAAUGUAACAUAUGCUUGGAUAAUGCAAAGGACGCGGUUGUCAGUGUUUGUGGCCAUUUAUUUUGCUGGCCAUGCUUGCAUCAAUGGUUAGAAACUCGAUCAAGUCGACAAGUAUGCCCUGUGUGUAAAGCCGUUAUAAGUAAAGAUAAAGUAAUACCAAUUUAUGGACGUGGAAAUACUAAACAAGAAGAUCCCAGAAAUAAAGUGCCACCUAGGCCUGCUGGUCAAAGAACUGAACCUGAUGCUAAUACCGGAUUCCCUGGUUUUAACUUUGGAGAUGGCGGUUUUCAUUUGUCAUUUGGAAUAGGAGCAUUUCCUUUUGGAUUUUUAACAUCGUUUAAUUUCUCUGAUCGUCCACAUGGAGUUCCAAUUGCUGGUCAAUUACAACAAGAUGAUCAUUACUUAUCAAAAUUGUUCUUGUGGAUUGCAGUAAUAUUUAUUAUUUGGCUAUUAUUAGCGUAAUUUACUUGUACAGUAUGUUUUUUUUAUUAUUAUUUUAUCAUUUAUUGAAUUACUAAAGUAAGCACUUCACAGUGGCUUCUUUUUUUUUUAUAAUAAUAUUAUUCACUAUCUAGUUUAAAAUUAUUGACUAUAUAAGCUUUUUAAAUUGUCUCUUCAGUUUUUAUUUUUUUGGUGCUUAGUUUGAAAUCCUUACUGUGAUUGUUAGUCAUUUUAUUAUUUUUAUGGUAUAAAGAAUUAAAGUUAUUGUUUAAUAUUAAACUUUCUAACAAUUGGACAAUUAUUGAUCUAUGGUGUCAUGAAUAUUCUUGGAAAAGGUAAUAAUUUAAUUAGUUCCAUGUUUUUAAUUACAUUAAAUUUGCCAAGCAAAUAUUAAUUUUUGUAUUGUAUAAUGUUAUUAUAAUUGAAAGUAUUUAUUUCCAAUUUCACAGUCUAAUU